CUUUCUAUGUAAUCGUUUACCAAUGAUAUCGAUUCGCAUGUAAGUAAAGUUAGUAGUGAGGCUGCAAAUUUAAGAGAAGUAUCGUUUGUAAUUUUGUGUAUAGAAAAUUCGAACGAAAUGGCGAGAAUAGCAGCCGUUAAACAAUCUUUGGAGAAGGCAUUACAUGAUGAUAACAAAUUAUGGACAAAAUAUCUCGCCAAAGUUGAAAAAAAAAUAGGAGUUGAUCGACUUUACGUUUUUUUAAGUGUUGUUGGAUUUUCAGCUUUAUAUUUGGUAUUUGGUAUAGGUCAGCAAUUAGUUUGUAAUAUCUUUGGAUUUAUAUAUCCUGCAUAUUGUUCUAUGAAAGCCUUAGAAACUCCUAAAAAGGAAGAUGAUACAAAGUGGCUGACCUAUUGGGUUGUUUUUGCAGUUUUUACAAUUGUUGAAUUUUUCUCAGAUUAUAUUUUAUGCUGGUUUCCAGUUUAUUGGCUCUUUAAGUGUCUCUUUUAUAUGUGGCUAAUGGCACCUAUUGAUCGUAAUGGCUCCUUAAUAUUAUAUCACUGUAUUAUUAGACCAAACUUUUUAAGAUACCAUCAAAAAGUUGAUGAGUUAAUAUCAUCUGCUCAAGAUGCUGCAGUUAAAGCUGCAACUUUGCUGACAGAAAAACAAGAGUAAUUUUCUUAAUUUUAAAGGCGGCUUAAAUUUUAUAUUGCCUUCACUUUUUUUUUUAAUAAAAAAAUAAUGCCUUAAAAAGUUUUACUGUUUUUUCUUGUUAUUUAUUCUUAAUAAAAGAAAAAAAGAAGGAGAAGAUAUAUUUGAUAGCUUUAAUCUCCGAUAUACAAUGUUUAUAACAUUGUAAAUUUUAUAAUCAACUGUGCCUAUUAUUCAAAUGCUACUAUGAAUAUUUGUAAAAUCCAAUUACCAAUAUGAUAUUGUAUUUGUUAUAAACUCUUAUAUUUUAUAAUGAAUAGUACUUCAUUAUCUUAAAAUAUAAUUCAACAAGUUCUGUAAAAA